AUGCGCUUGAUUCUUGCUUCUGUCCUUGUCGCCCUGGCUGGACACCCAGUCGCCGCAUAUAAAAACUGGGAUUUUUAUCUCUUCAAACCCGGGUGCAACCCUGACGAUGUUGACCUUGGCCUAUAUCUGUAUCAUACAAUUGGGACGAGGGCGCAGCCAUGCACGAGGAUUGACAAUCAAGACUUCAAUCUGACUGAGGUUGACAGUCUGUCGUGGAAAAGCCCAGUAGCAGAGCGUGCUCAGUUUGAUCUCUGCAUGUUUGAGGAUGGUGAAUGCAGUAUGCGAGUGGUUGAUGAAGUUCGCAAUCAAUGGGAUAUCUGCCAUAAAUAUAUCGGGUGGAAGGGGUACAAGGUCGUUCCUAUUGGAGCACCCUGUGUUUGA